AUGUUCUUGCGGACUUCUUCUGGCAUGCGUCGGCUGAGCUCCUGGCUUCGCAAUGAUCGUCUGCACACCCGUUUUCCCUUCCGGCAGAUUGCUCUGAUUCUCGCCGCUGUUGGAGGCCUCAUUGUAUUCUAUCUGUUUGCUGUGCCACAACUUCUCAAACUCAGAUUCCGCACCGACCUGAGCUGGUAUGAUCUAGGAGCUCAGGGGUUUGGUCCAGACCGAAAUUACUUCUCCUUCGAUCAAGAGUCUCCCAUUGUCGAAAUUACUCCGUCUGGCGCAAAAUGCGAUCCCCGGUACACUUUCCUUGCGCCUCGGGGCGAUUCAAUUGCACAUCCCGGUCCGAUGAUCCUGAAUCCUGAGGGGGAGCUUGUAUGGACGAAAUGGAAUAGUGGUACAACACAAGAUUUCAAAGUGCAGCGGUACAAGGGCGAGGACUACCUUACAUAUUGGCAGGGAGAUAGUGGCGACGGUAUGGGACGAGGGUCAUGGUACAUGCUUGAUUCAACUUAUACCCAGAAGUAUGUGGUGUCUCCAAUCGGCAUAUAUGACGGCGACCUGCAUGACUUCCAAAUCACGUCCAACGAUACCGCAAUUUUGGUGACGUAUGACCGUAUCCCGAGGGAUCUGAGCUCUAUCGGUGGCCCGGAGCUGGGAUGGAUGUAUGAUGGAAUGUUCCAGGAAGUCAACCUUGACACCGGAGAACUGCUAUUCCAGUGGCGCGUAUCCGACUUUUACCACCCGAGUGAUAGCUACUAUCCGAUUGAAGACCCCGCGGGAUCGACGUCGGGGUAUGACCAUUCGCACAUCAACAGUGUGGACAAGGAUGACCAGGGUCGGUACCUGGUUUCGAUGCGUCACCUUCAUACUGUUGCAUGCAUAGAUGGCACCACUGGUGAUGUCCUCUGGUCAUUAGGAGGGAAACGCAACAACUUUGCCGAUGCUUCGGAUGGAGCUGCCACGCAAUUUUCAUGGCAGCAUGACGCUCGAUGGGUAGGGCCCAACCGCCUCAGUUUGUUCGACAACGCAGCCUACAAUAACGACAACCUCUCUUCUGUGAGCCGCGGCAUGAUCAUUGAUCUAGAUACGGAAGCACGGCAGGCAACACUAGUUCAAUCUUUCGAGCAUCCGCACGAAAUUAUGGCCGUUUCCCAGGGGAAUCUGCAACUUCUAGACACAGGGAACGUGCUUGUGGGCUGGGGUCACUCUGCAGCCUUCACCGAGUUCUCCCCAGAAGGAGAUGUUGUAUGCGAUGUGCACUUUGGCGCCUCUGCUUUCUUCACAUUUGGUCGUGUCGUCUCUUACCGAGUGUUCAAAUUUGACUGGGUUGGUAAUCCUCUGACAGCCCCGGACACUGCAAUUACACCGGAGAGUGUCUUUGUUAGUUGGAACGGUGCUACCCGGGUAGCGGCAUGGCGAGUUGAGGCUUGGGACGGCGAAAAUCUCAGAAAUAUGACCUUCACGGCUGUUGAUCAGGUCCCUCGCGAUGGGUUCGAAACUGAAAUUCCACUCGCUUCUGACAUUGAUUCGUUCUUUCGUGUGCGCGCAAUUGACUCGAACGGAGAGAGUCUCGGUGUAACGGAGCUACUCCAGCGACUACCAGCGUCAGAUGGCUCUUUUAAGAGCAUAUGGGCCCUGGUGUUUAUUAUGUUUGUGGUACUCGGUUGCCUUAUUUGCGGUGUUUCUUUCAUUAUUCACCAUCGGCUUCGCCAGGUGUUCCGCUCCAAUUGCCCCUAUCAAUUGGUGUCACACAAGGAGGAAGAUGAGGGUGAUGAUGAACAUGUUCGUCUGCCAUUAUAG